GUUUCGCGAAGGGACCGUCUCUGCCAAGCGCCUGUUGGUAGGAACCUGCUUGGUCGCGUCUGAGGGGGCUUGUAGGUGGCUCUGGCUGAAGCAGGCGCCUGGGAGGGAAACCGCCAUGGACGAUCAGGGUUGCCCUCGGUGUAAGACCACCAAAUAUCGGAACCCCUCCUUGAAGCUGAUGGUGAAUGUGUGCGGACACACGCUCUGUGAAAGUUGUGUAGAUUUACUGUUUGUGAGAGGAGCUGGAAACUGCCCUGAGUGUGGUACUCCACUCAGAAAGAGCAAUUUCAGGGUACAACUCUUUGAAGAUCCCACUGUUGACAAGGAGGUUGAGAUCAGGAAAAAAGUGCUAAAGAUAUACAAUAAAAGGGAAGAAGAUUUUCCUACUCUAAGAGAAUACAAUGACUUCUUGGAAGAAGUGGAAGAAAUUGUUUUCAACUUGACCAACAAUGUGGAUUUGGACAACACCAAAAAGAAAAUGGAGAUAUAUCAAAAGGAAAACAAAGAUGUUAUUCAGAAAAAUAAAUUAAAGCUGACUCGAGAACAGGAAGAACUGGAAGAAGCUUUAGAAGUGGAACGACAGGAAAAUGAACAAAGAAGAUUAUUUAUACAAAAAGAAGAACAACUGCAGCAGAUUCUAAAAAGGAAGAAUAAGCAGGCUUUUUUAGAUGAGCUGGAGAGUUCUGAUCUCCCUGUUGCUCUGCUUUUGGCUCAGCAUAAAGAUAGAUCUACCCAAUUAGAAAUGCAACUUGAGAAACCCAAACCUGUAAAACCAGUGACGUUUUCCACAGGCAUCAAAAUGGGUCAACAUAUUUCACUGGCACCUAUUCACAAGCUUGAAGAAGCUCUGUAUGAAUACCAGCCACUGCAGAUAGAGACAUAUGGACCACAUGUUCCUGAGCUUGAGAUGCUAGGAAGACUUGGGUGGAGUCUUGCUCUGUCGCCCAGGCUGGAGUGCAGUGGCGGGAUCUUGGCUCACUGCAAGCUCCGCCUCCCGGGUUCACGCCAUUCUCCUGCCUCAUCCUCCUGAGUAGCUGGGACUACAGGCGCCCACAACCACGUCCGGCUAAUUUUUUGUAUUUUUAGUAGAGACGGGGUUUCACCGUUUUAGCCAGGUUGGUCUUGAUCUCCUGACCUCAUGAUCCACCUGCCUCAGCCUCCCAAAGUGGUGGGAUUACAGGCAUGAGCCACAGCACCCGGCCAAUUGUUCAUUUUUACAUGAUUUUCUCCCUUCCAAAUACCUUUAUGUGGACACUUGCCAAUAUCAUUUAUACACUUAAAAAAUGUAUCAACUAAAUUAUGGUGCACAAACAUUAUAAAAGAUGAAAGGAUGUUGACACAGAUACUUUUAGCAAAAUGGAUGGUCAAGGUUCUUGUUCCAAAUUAUUGUGGAUAUAAUCUAUCUUGUUUAAUGACUAUCCAGAUGAGAAUAUAUAUAUAUAUAUUUGUCCUUAAAAAUACAUACUUGAGUGACUGCAAAUGGGCAUGAGGGAUCUGCUUUGAAGUGAUGAAAAUGUUCUGAAAUUGGGUUGUAGGGAUGAUUGCUCAAUGAUGUAAAUUUACUAAAAAUCAUUGAAUUGUGCACAAUAUAUUGGUAACUCAUUGAUUUUUGAGUUUGGGAAGUUUUUUGUUUUGUUGUUUCGUUACACAUUUGGUGAGUGAAGGGGCAAGAGAAGGCAGAGAGAUGGUGCUAUACACAGCUGAUAUAGGGUUGGAGGCUGAAUGCUACACAUCAAGAGAGACAGACACACAGACAGUCUGCUCAGCAUGUCAGCCAGGCAGCAUUCUGGGACUUGGACAGUUGGUUGGUGUGCCAGAGCCGGCAAGAGGUCUGGCUCAGAGCUAGAGAGGACCAGGAACCCUGGAGGCUCCCUGGUCCAAUGUCCUGGUUGGCAUCUGCAGCAGCACCUGUGCUCAGCUCAGAUCAUUCAGGGUCUUGUGGGCAAAUUUGGGCAGCAGAAAGCUGCCUGGUGCACAUCUGAUUUACAGUAUUUCAGUUAUGUGUGUUCCACCAGCUUCUGUGUCAGCUGUCACACGGACUCCCAGAACUUGGUGCUUGGGUUUUGCUGCACAUCAUGAAGCUAAUCUGGCCACUGCGGUAGGUGGGGAUGGUGCAGUAGGUACAGCCCACCAUGGGAAAGAGUGGCAUGCAGAAUUGCUGCAUCUUUUUGGUGAGGUCCAGGUACGGCCACUGGCAGUCACCUGGGCAGCAGAGAAUGCCAUGCGUCUUGAGGGCUGCCCUCCUGAGGACUGUCUUCAUGAGCUGGUAGUAGGAUUCCUUGAAGAGGUUUUUAGCAAGGCAGUGGGGUCUGAGGAGUCAUUGAUAACACUGAAGGCAUCCUAAUUCUGUUUCAUGAAUUCAAACCCAUCACCCAUGUGUAAGGUCAGCUUUGAGCAAAAGUAGCCAACAGCUUUGCCUGGCAGGAACUUCUGAGAGACUUGGAUGACAUCCUUAUCAGUCUCACACUGGACCAUAGACUUCACAGAGGGGUACUACCUCACCUUGCACAGGAUGCCCUUGUUCCUAUCCUCAAUAAUCACCACCAUUUGUAGGUUGGGGUGGCUGCAGAGAGGCAGGUUGACUAUAAUCUCCUGGUAGGAGAAUUUGUUCCUCUCUGUAUACUGGAUGAUGCCAUCUAACACCAUCACGUUGCCAUAGGUCUUACUGCAGAUGACAAAGAUAUCCUAGUACUUUGAGCACUGGGUGGGGGGGGGGGGGGGGCAGCUGCUCCACCUGCAGUGACAAGGCAUGGGUGGGCGACAGACUGCAUGUCUUGCAGAAUCAGUCACAGCCUCUGGCAGUGGGGCCAGAGGCUGGUGGCGCCAUUGGGGCUGGGCUCCAUGGCAGGUGAUCCACAGCACUGUAGGACCAGCAGAGCCCAAGCCCACCAAUAGAGUUUGGGGAGAUUAAAAAAAAAAAAAGUUUGAAAAAAUUAAUCUAGGAUAUCAUUAUCUGAGAUUUUACUUACAUGAUUAUUUUUAUCAUCACAAUUAGCGUCUACAGGGCUACUUUCUGCAUCUUUACACUCUUAUGAUCCACCUUAUAUUCACCUAAUAAUAAUGAAAUGUCUGUCUUUUUUUUCCUUUCCAUCAUGGAAUGAAAACAGAAAAAUCUUGAUUUUUUUUUUUUUUUUUUUUUUUUUUUUUG